GAAUAUAUUUAGCGCUAGUUAUGAGAAUAUUGGUGUUUUCCGUCCUUUGCUUGCUGAAAUAUUUCAGAACCUUUUAGUCAGAACAGUGAGUAAACUGAAGCUUAUGUUUAGUGUCGGAAAGGCGUAACCAUUGAAUAGUUAUUUUCUUUGCCGUGUCAUAAUUAUCAUAUCAUUGGAGCAAAUCAUUGUUAUCGACUUUUCAGUGGUGGGUCUUACAAAUUACGCAGUAAUUUUGAUACUUCUUGUGAACUCAAACGUCACUAAAUAGUUUCAUCACUUUUAAGUUGACUAGAUUGCUAAAGUUGUUUCAACAACCUAACCAACGUUAGUUAAUUUACUUUAGUGGUAGAUAGAUUGCUGUGCGAAGUUCAGUUUGUUAACUAAUAGAUGGAUGAGUUAAUUUCUAAACUGUUGUUGGUACUAAUACCAACAGCAAAAGUUUGCUGUGUCACUACACCAAUUCACUUUAAAUGAUGGGCUAACAUAGGCCAUCGAGCCUCCUGUCCUUCCCAAACUGAAAUAUGGUAGAAUAGGUCCUUAGAAUACGUACUCAAAUAGUUUGAGCUUCUGGUCGUUUAUUAGCAAGAACUAGAUUUUUUCAUGCCAACUUCCAUGCACUUUCACCGGAUGGGAGAAAACAUUUGACUGAUUUUCUGUAUUUUAGAUAAUGCUCCUUUCUGUAUAUAUCUGUAUACUGUUUGUGCGUUCGCUCGCAGGAUUUUUGGACGAUUUUGUGUGUUAAUCAUGGACCUCAAAUCAAUAUACAUAAGAAGAAAGUCUCAUACUAGACAUUACUCCUGCUAAACGUUUCAAUUUUCGUUAUACAGUGUUAUGGUCGAGACUGAUACUAAUCUGUAAAGCUAAUUAUCUAUCUAAACUUUUUACUGAUGGCUUAAUUGCGUUUUGACCAUAUGUGAUUGCGUUUAGUCACAUACCAUGCGCAGACCGACUGUAGUGUAAAGCAAAUUGAGUUUCGUAUUCUCAACUAUUAUGCAUGAUCUCUGUAUAUUAUCCUCGUAAAAUCGCUGUUGUUUUGUGUGGUGCUUUUUUGACUUUUCAUUUAUGUUUCGUCUCGUGCUUUGAGUAAAAGUUGAAUACCUGAAUACCUGUGCCAUCUUCAAAGGUGUUUUGUUAACAAUGUCAAUAAAGUAUAAAAAUAUUGGAAGUGGUAAACGAAGUGUUUUUUUUCCAUAGCAUUUCGCUUAUUAUUGAGUUUGUGUUUUAUGUCGUGCAGAUUAUACCUGCCAGUGAGAUUUAUUGGUUUACUAUUCAGUUCGAUACCUCGCAGGAUUUUGUGCCGAAUUCAUUAUGGAGGAAGGUAGUUCGGAUAAGAGUUCUCACGGUGGUAGGCGUAAACAUAAGAAAUCUCGAACUUCAAGGCAGCCAAUGAGUGGAUCCCAAGAAACUCAAGAGAGUAGAGAUGGUAAAGUAUCUUCAGUUCAACCAAAUGUACAAGAAUCCCAAGAAACUCAAGAGAGUAGAGAUGGUAAAGUAUCUUCAGUUCAACCAAAUGUACAAGAGGCUCCCGUUUCAUCGUUGUUUGGUGAUGAAUCUUCUGCAAUUGAUGUUGUCCCUUCGACGUCAAAACUAACAAGUCCACCUUCCAAAGCCGCGAGACAGAAAAAGAAGCAUCCUAAAGUAAUGGAAACUGUUCAUCUUUCUGAAGAUUUCUCUAAAAUGAAUAUCAAAAGACUUUCAAUACCUAAUCGACCGGAUGGAGGGGGACAUUUGGGCAAAGAAAUGUAUGUGACUGUUAAUUGUUGGGAUUUUUCGAUAAAGCCCAAAAUUGUUUACAUGUAUCGAGCAGAAGCUCUCGCUGUAUAUCGUGGUGAUGAAGGAAACAGGACUGAAAUACGAAUGUCUGCUAAGGAUAAACGUGCUCUAAUUAAACAGGUGGCUGAUAGUUUACACGACUGUAUAAUUUACGAUGGUGGCCAUGACAUAUACUCGGCAGAUCGUUUGCCAGGGAUCGGAAAAGUUCCUACUGAGACAGAAAUGAAAAUUGUUGAUCCACUUGGUCGAGAUAAUCUUAUUCUAAAAUAUCACUUGAUGGAAGUACAAACGGUGUCAACUGACGAUGUACAACAAUACGUAGAAAACCCAAAAGCAACAUCGUUAAACAUUCCCCAAGAAUCCAUAAGAUUGUUAGAUUGUAUAUUAAGAACUGUGUCGAAGCAGUCGUUAAUAUCUCUUGGAAGAUCUGCUUUAUUUUACGAAAAGCCAGUGAAAGUAAUUGCAGAUAAGCUACUGAGUAUCCACAGAGGUUUUAUCACUAGCAUUAGACCUCAAUGGAAGGUCCGUAUGAAUAUAGACAUGACCUACAAGGCUUUUUUCACAGCUGGUAACCUAGCAGAUGUUAUGUACGAAAAGUAUGGAGACAGUAUGUACAGAUGUAGCUCACAAAUGGCUAAUGAUUUGAGAAGAAUACGUGUUGAGACUGACAAGUUUUACAAAAGUGACAAUGGACAUGCAUAUUCUAGACGUUUCACUGUGCAUGGAAUAUCUUCUGUGCCAGCUGACAAGCUUAUGAUCGAGGAGAGAAAGCAGUCUGUAGCUGCGUACUUUGAUGAACAUCACCAUAUUAAGUUGAAAUAUCCUGAUCUUCCGUGCAUAAAGGUUGAUCAAAAACGAGAGGUUUAUAUGCCGAUGGAAUUACUAAAUAUUCUUCCUUUUCAAGCACCUAACGCGAGCAAGGCUGAUGUGGCUAGUGAGGUUAUCCGUUGUGCAGCGGUACGUCCGCAAGAACGUUUUCGAGAACUUACGGAUUUCACUAAUUCGAUUUCAAAGGCACAUCGACUAUUCCAGUUGUUUCAAGUAAAGAUAGCAAAUAAACCUGUAGACGUAAAGUCACGUGUACUCCAGUCACCCAAAGCAGUUUUUAAUCGUCCAGAUAAAAUCCAACUGAAGGCUGGAAGUUGGAAUACUCCAGAUUUUCAUGAACCGGCUAAACGUGGUGUUGCAAUUCCAUGGGGAAUACUUUGUGUUCCAAACAACCCACGAUCUAGAGGCGACGUGGAAAAAGUCACAGACGAAUUACCAAAGGCCGCUAACCGUUUCGGUGUUUCCUUCAGCAAUAAACCAUUUAUAUCACAAUGCUCUCUUAACCAACUUGAAAAAAAGUUUGAGGAAUUUCAUCGACAGGGUUGUAACUUCAUUCUGUUGAUUCUGUACGAUGAUUUGGCUUACGGAACAAUCAAACGUUUAAGUGAUUUAAGAAUGGGUAUCCGCACACAAUGUGUUCGUGGUAGCACUCUACGCAAACCUAAUGUAUUUCCCAACCUCUUAUUGAAACUCAAUGGGAAACUUGGUGGUGUUAAUUGGAUUGUCCCAGAUCUUAUCGAGAACAGUCAGGAUUUAAUAAUGGUUUUCGGUGCUGAUGUUACUCAUCCAGCACCGACACAAUCUCAUCAGGUUCUCAAGUCAGUUGCUGCUGUUGUUGGAUCUGUCAGUCCUGAGUUAAUGCGAUACGGGGCUGUAGUUAGACAACAAGCAACUACUGAGCGAGGAAACAAAACAACAAGAGAAAUUAUUGAUAACUUGCAUCUGUCAGUUGGAGAACUGCUCACGCUGUAUUUGCGGAAUACGAAGGGACGUUUUCCUAAACGUAUUAUAUUCUAUCGCGACGGUGUCUCAGAGGGUCAGUUUGAAAAUGUUUUGGUCGAGGAGUUGUCUGCCAUUCAAAAAGCUUGCACUGAUAUUCGUCCUGGUGAAGAACCUGCUAUUACAUUUAUCGUUGUCCAGAAGCGACACCAUAUCCGGUUCAAACCACAUGAUCCCAGGGCACGGAAUGUGGAACCAGGGACUGUCGUAGAUACAGAUAUUACUCAUCGUAGAGAGUUCGAUUUCUAUAUUUGUUCUCAUGAAGGGAUUCAGGGAACAUCAAAACCAUCCCACUAUCAUGUAUUAUAUGAUGACAGUAACUUUACAUCGGACGCUCUUCAAAUGUUUACGUACCACUUAUGUUAUGCUUAUAUGCGGUGCUCUCGUAGUGUCUCUUACCCUGCUCCAGUGUAUUAUUCUCAUUUAGCUGCGUUUCGUGCACGAGAUUGGCUAUCAAACACGAACGAAGCAAGUGUUUUGCUUGAUGGUUAUGAUCGCUUCAAAGUUCACAUAUCACAAACUGAUGGGAUGUUUUUCUUGUAAAGUUUCGUUAAUUCAUUAUUCCGGAGAAAACUGUCUAUUUUAAUAUAGACCAUUACGUUUAAUAAACAAAUUAACGAUAAAUAUAAUUGUACAGUUCUUGUUAAUGAGGUCGUCGAAAAAGAAAUUUUCCCCGCUAAAUUCUCUUAUUUAUUUAUUUCAUCAUUUAUUCGAAAUAAAUUGCAUUUAUAAUGGUU